ACCGCGGAAAAGCUUCAUAAUUUUGGACAUUAUCCUUUAACACCUUCCAAAUAUUCUCAAUUUGGUUUAGAGAUUGAUGACCAUACUUCGAAACUCCAAGAGCAAUUAUCAGAAAGUUCGGAUUCAUCAUGUGAAGAUUAUUGUGUAGACUCUGAAAAUUUAGCAUCUUAUCAUGAAAAACUUUCAAUUUCGAAAAAUACACCUGAAAUUAUUGUUGAUGGUUUAUUAAAUUUGCUAGAUAAACAACUUAAUUACGAAAAAAAUGUCUUGACGAUUGGCAGAUCACUAGAAUCAUAUUAUCAACAGAACACGCCAGAUUCUUUCGACGUUUAUGCUUUUUGUACUUUUUUACAUAAUUCGAAAGACAAAACCCAAUAUUGGACACUCUUAGGAUUUUUCUAUUAUACUGGUUGUAUAAUAAACAAAAAUUCAGAGCUUGCAGCUAAAAUUUUCGAAGA